GUUGCCGUGCAGUUAUUGUCUCGGCUGCGUGCCUUGUCUGACCGGGUUCCAUUGUGCCAAGCAAUCAUUUGCCAAAGUGUUCAUCAUUUCCAGUGUUCAUUUUCCUCACUACCGGCCCCGUUUGUGUCACAUCACCGCUCCCUGUCCACUGACAUCCCACUGUAUGCCAAGCAGAAAACCUACACCAAGAGGAAGAGAGAGUUAAGUGAGAAGAAUCUGACUCGUUACUUUGUUGAUCACCGUAAAGUAAAAGUAGUGGGAGGAGCUGGUGGAGAUGGGGCCUGCUGUUUUCACAGUGAGCCUCGGAAACAGUUUGGAGGACCAGAUGGAGGGGAUGGAGGAAACGGAGGACAUGUGAUAAUAAAAGUGGAUCCCUGUGUGAAGUCUUUAGCCUCCAUUGUUCCUCUAUACCGGGGUAUUGAUGGACGGCGAGGGCGCAGCAGUAACUGCUACGGAAGAGGUGGAGAAAAUGUCUUUAUUAAGGUUCCCAUUGGAACGCUGGUGAAGGAAGAUGGCGUGGUCCUUGUGGAUCUCUCCACCUCGGGCGAGGAGUUCGUAGCCGUUCACGGUGGGAUUGGUGGAAAAGGAAACCGAUUCUUCCUCAGCAAUGAAAACCGAGCCCCAGUAACGACAAUACCCGGAGAACCCGGGGAAGAGAGGUUACUCCAGCUGGAACUGAAGACCAUGGCGCAUGCUGGCAUGGUUGGUUUCCCUAAUGCUGGAAAGUCUUCUCUGUUACGUCUUCUAUCCAACGCCCGACCUGCUGUGGCGGCAUACCCUUUCACCACCCUCAACCCCCAUGUUGGUGUCAUCAAUUACCAAGACUAUGAACAGAUUGCAGUGGCGGACAUUCCCGGCAUCAUACAAGGAGCUCACCAGAAUCGGGGUUUGGGCCUGUCUUUCCUUCGGCACAUUGAGAGGUGCCGGAUUCUCCUCUAUGUCCUGGACCUGGCACACCCUGAGCCCUGGACUCAAAUGCGCUCCUUGCAGUACGAGCUGAGCCAGUUUGAUGAAAACCUCACCCGGCGACCUCACAUCAUCGUAGCCAAUAAAAUAGAUCUCCCCGAUGCAAGGAAGAUGCUAGCGAGCCUGCAACAGAAGGUGAGCGGAAAAAUCAUUGCAGUGUCCGCUCUGACCGGAGAGAAUGCGGAAGAACUGAUCGUCUGUAUCCGAGAGUUGUAUGAUGGACAGAGAACUGGAACAAAGAAGUAUGAGAAGUAUUCUGGCUGGUAG